AGUCGCACUGCCCUCCACGCGAUGGCGCCACGGUGUCCGCUCGCGUUCUUGGAAUCCCGUUCGGUUCGUUCGGCAGUUUUCGGUGUCUGCUGUUUACGUUGUUUUCCGCUCCGCGUAUCGUGGUCGUGCGCAGUAGGAGCUGCAGCUCGCGCUAUUCUUUAUCGUUUGUCGGGGUGCUUGCCGAUUCCAGCUCGAAACGUUAGCCUCCCUGGUAUGGUGUACUCUGGGCCUCUCCUCUCUAACCCACGAUAUCCUUGGCGCGCUUCACGACAACCCUGGCCGCAUACUACGAGCGUUUCCGGACUUCGCACCAUUCGGCAGCCAUCGACCGAGAAGGAAUCGAUCGCACGAGUCCCGUAUGUGGUCUAACGCGACGACGGGCGCUACCCAAGCGGCGCCGAUCGAUCGUGCAACCACGGUGGCGCCAAGCGAUCGGUCGGAAGCCCGCCGCUUCCGCAAAAACAUGGCGAUGACGAGGAAGCGUUUCCACCUCCAGGACGACUUUGUGCUCCUGCGCGAAGUGAUCAAGCACAACCCGUUCGAGGAUCCCGACCGCUGGAUGAACGUUGUGCAUACCCUGAGGAAAGAGACGCUGAAAGAGUUCACAGUGCGGGGUGCCAGGGAACGGAUGGACCUGCUGCUCUCGCAGUGGAGUGACACCGACGCCAGAGAGCGCCUGAAAAGCCGGUCGGCCAAUCAUGAGCAGUACCUGGAGAAGGAGAAGCUGCUACAGCAGGUCUUCGACAUGGAGCAGCAGGUGUACCCCAAGCCCCGCAGAGUGCUUUACCCGAGGCCCCGCCUCAAAAAGAUGGACGUUGAUGGCCAGACAGUGGUCUCGCCACUGGGCACGACCGAGAAUUCGAACGGGGUCGUGUGCCACAUCGUGUCCUACCCAGAUACCUACCCCGUGCCGGAGACAGAUCUUCAUGACAGCGUCCAGACUGAGUUCAUCGAGGGCUACAGCCUGGCGGGAGCCGACCCUUCCGUCUCGUCCGGAGAGGACACCAUGGAGCACAAAAACGGAGGGGCCAAAAGGAAGUGUCAGGACGGGCGGCAGGAGUUCCUCGAAAGGCAAGUGGACCGGGAACAAAUGAUCAAGGAAAAAGAACUGCAGCUUGAGGAACGAAGGCUCAAGCUCGACGAAGAGCGGCUGGCCUUCGAGAGGACCAAGUUCGAAGCAGAGAUGGCGGUCAAGGUGAGGAGGCUGGACAUGGAGGAGGAGGAGCGCAAGAUACGCAACGACACGGACAAGAUGCACUUGGAGCUCAUGAAGAAGAUGUUCGACGAACUAGUCCGGAAGGCACAGUGAUCGAGAACUGCCAGGCGACACUUCGUUGCGUAUCAAGUGUUUUGGUAUGAUGGUGGGCAUUAUCAUUGAGGGUUGGGGGAAGUGAAAUGGAUUCAAAUCAUUCUUCAUUACAAUUCAUUCAUUAGGAUUGAGUGGAGUCCAAAGGAGAAUAGAUUGUAAUCAUGCAUCAUGAGGAUGCAUGAUUACAAGAACGCAUAUUUGGGAGCGUAUUUUCCGGAAAAUUUGAGAACAUAAUGUGAAGUUUUCCGUAGUCUUCAAUCAUGUUUAGUAGAGGACGGAGGUUUUGUGGAGUUUUGUCAUCACACAGUUUGAAACUUUGAAACAAUGAUUUGUGCAAACAUAAAUAAAAGGAAAUGAGGUGAAAGAAUGACUUUUCUACAGUCAGGGUGUGCAACAUAGCUAUGAGAUACUAUGUUUCAAUCUCAAUGACACAUUGUUUGCUACAUUGCAGUAAUUGAUAGCAGUGCAUUCUUUUUUUUAUUUACUUUGCCGCUGGAACCUAGAGAACACCCUUCCGACAUAGAGAAUGAGCUUGCGAUAGUGGUUUGCUAAAGUUUGUGCAGCAACUGUUCUAUGAAAAGUACAAACAGGGCUAUACCAGACCCGACUGCAUUGGCAGAAAAAGGAGCACUUAAGUGUCUCAACACAAUGUUUAUGAAAACUGGAUAUGCCGCGUGAAAUUCUGGUACAGAGGGCCAUUUUCAACAAAAAAAUUUUCUUUCCCUCUUGGAGUUGUUUUCUGAUAAAUUCGGACUGUAAAGGUGUUUACUGCCAAAUAUUUAUUGAAUCUUGUGUUCUCUGCUGUCUCUCUGCUCCUCUCAACUACCCAGAAAAAAAGAAUUUCUGCAAACAAAGUUGAUUUUGAAGAAUGUCAUAUUCACAUCUAUCAUCAUCUAGAGAGUAUUCACAAAAUCCUUUGUUUACACAGCAUAGAGUUUUUUUCAUAAAACUUUUUCGGUCCACCAAUGCUAAAAGCAAGAUAGAGGUUCGAGUAGUUCGAACAGAUUUGUCUCCGUUCCACUUUUAACCCGAAAGCAUCUACUGUCCCGUAGAGCAAAGCCGAAGUCGUCUGUAAUCGCCAAAAACGCGACCUAAAUUCCCAUUUUCCCAUUGGCAGAGAGAAACGGCUCCUAUAUAGCCAUUGGCUGCGACCCGUCAUGUCAUAGUUCCAAGGAACGCCACCCCACAGAGAAGCUCUCUUCCUGGCGCUGCGGCCCACACGCCGGUAAAAGGGAGAGGGUGGUGCGCACGCUGCCUGCCCCUCUCAUGUCAGGCGUUGCCGAAGGGGGGGGCGAGGAGGGCUGCGGUUGUUUUUGCUCUUCUUGGCGCCGAGGAACAUGGUGCUGUUUGAGGUAUCUAUAUCGUUGGCGGCCGCAACCUCGGCAGUAGCAAAACGUGGCCGUCCAUGCCAAUACACUGCAGACGAACUAAGGGAGCGGACAUUAAUGUUUUCACAUUCACAACUCGUAAGAAGUACUAGGUGUCCUGGGAAUUUUCGGCAUAAAUUUCAAUUUGGAAAUCUAUUAUUUGGUAAUGGGACAAAAGGAAAGGUUCACUCAUGGUUUUGCUUAAGUGGAAUUUAAUGGGCCAUGCAGCUGUGGCAUUGUUUUUUUACUUUGUGGAUGCCUUUUAUUAAGUAUGUUAAGAUUUUGUCGACAAGAUAAAAUGCAAUCAAUUUAUUUGAUUUUUCAGCGCGAUGUUAGCAUAGAAUAAAUUACUUUUUGGAAAUUGCUUUCACAGCUGCACUCUCCAGGAAUUCUGCUGCUCAUCUAGUGAAGAAAAAGUUAAUUACAUUAGUUUUCCGAUAGUUUUCCUACCUAAACAAUGUCAGUGUGUCCCUGACAAAAGUCACUGUAAUUUUUUUCACAAUUCAUGUACAGAUGGAACUUUGCACUGCAUUCUGCCUUGCAACUGCCAGUAUAUACUGUAAAUUUAAUUCAUAUUCAGCCAAAGGUUCAAAAGUAGACCCUUUUGAAUAGUGUCCUCCCUUAAGGCAUUGAAAAUAUAAAUUGUUCAUAUUUUGUGUAAAGUGAAAUAGACUGAAAUUUUUUUUCAAUCAUUUAGUCCACGGACUAGGUAGUUUUUGUCAUGUUUUCUUUAUAAGGGGUUCCAGAUAUUGUGUAAAAAGCUGAGAUAGAAACAAUGCUUUUCGUGCUGUAUUACCUAUUCUUUCCUUUCUGUCAGUGGUAAUGAUUGUGAGCAAUAAUGCCAAAGGUUUUCUUAACAUCUAUUUCAAACCUAGAGGGGGUUGUGCAUCUCUGUGGUUGCAUCUGGAAUGCUGUUCUGUUGUCAGUUUGGAAAGUUUCACAUGCAGGUGUGGUUGCCUGUCUAGGGUCACCACUGCACUUUUCCCAGAAAGUGGUAUUCAUAACUUCCUUUAUGCUUUGAAAUCUUGCAUUCACACUACUGUGACUGAACACAUCGCAAAAGUGUGCAGCACUGCUGCAUAGUGAGGCAUAGACUAGGACACUGGAAUCCGAAAAAAUAAAGUACCGCAAGUGUGAAGUGCCAUUCUUAAUCACGAAUGAAAUACUCCUUCCUGAAAGCUCAAAUGCUGUGCCCUUUGAUCUCAGGAGAUGUGUAAAUAUAUUUCAUAUGAUAUGUUUCAAUAAAAAUGCAAGUAUCCACAAA